AUUAGGAAUAUAUGUAAUUGCAGUUAAACUUCAAAGUAAUAUAUCGUGGAUAGCCUUGGGUACAGCUGCUGUGAUUACGAUUAUUCUCAUAUCAUUUCCUGUGGAAAAACAUAAUCGAGAGAUUUACAAUAUACAAUCUGAGACAGACUUCAAAUUCAUCUAUAAAAAUUUAGUUCUGGUUAUUUUGUUUACGAGUUCAAUAGUGGGUUUUGUUGCUUUCUUUCUAUUCCACUGUAUUGAACCAGUUCGUGCGAAACCAAUACAAAGCUUUCACAUAAAAGUUAGAGAGCAAUGAGUACAAUAACUGGAAUUAUCUAUAAUGGCAUCAGAAAAACCAUAUGGGAAGUUGCCUUUUCUAGAAAUAUAACUUCCUCUGCACAAAUGAAGAAGUUGAUUUCACUCAAAACAGAUGACGAGUUUUUAUCCAGGGUGAUGAACUCGAGCAAACCAGUUAUUGUUAAUUUUCAUGCUGAUUGGUGUGAACCUUGCCAUAUUUUAACUCCAAAACUUGAAGAGUUAAUAGCACACAAUAAUGAUAUUGAUUUAGCAACAUUAGAAAUUGAUGAUCAUCCAGGUUUAGCCCAAACUUUUGAAGUUAAAGCAGUACCAGCAGUAAUUGCUGUGAGAAAUGGACUUGUUGUAGAUAAAUUUAUUGGAUUAGCGGAUGCAAAUUUGAUAGAAGAACUGAUUGAGAAGUUAAUUAAUAAGGAAUAGAGUUCCUUUUGUUUUUUAGUCUGAAUGUUCAAUUGGUACUUUUUUAUUUAUGUUAUUGAUAUUUAAGAUAUAAUAUAGGAUUUAAGAUAA